CUUCAACACCAUCUCUCUCACCAAAAUUUACACACAGCUUCGCCAUGCGAGGGGUCGUUUUGUUGUCGGUGCUUCUGUGUGCUACCUGCCACCUCGCCUUCUCCUUCACCGACGGAUUAGUACGCAAUGGGAACUUCGAGUUUGCCCCGAAGCAAUCGGACAUGAACGGCACGGUGGUGAUCGGGCGCUAUGCCGUACCAGAUUGGGAGGUCUCCGGCUUCGUAGAGUACAUAAAAUCCGGGCAAAAGCAAGGCGACAUGCUGCUGGUGGUGCCGGAGGGAGCCUUCGCCGUCAGGCUCGGGAACGAGGCAUCGAUAAAGCAACGCAUCAAAGUGGUCAAGGGGCUCUACUACUCCCUCACUUUCAGCGCGGCUCGCACCUGCGCUCAAGAGGAGAAGCUCAACAUAUCGGUGGCGCCUGAUUCCGGCGUGCUGCCGAUGCAGACUAUGUAUAGCAGCAACGGGUGGGACUCGUAUGCGUGGGCUUUCCAGGCCGAGCUUGAAGUUGCCGAAAUUGUUAUUCAUAAUCCGGGUGUGGAGGAGGAUCCGGCCUGCGGUCCACUCAUUGAUUCUGUCGCCAUUAAAGCUCUCUAUCCUCCUAGAGCAACCAACAAGAAUUUAUUGAAGAAUGGGGAUUUCGAAGAAGGACCAUAUGUGCUCCCCAACACCUCUUGGGGCGUCCUUAUACCACCCAACAUCGAAGACGACCACUCUCCACUACCCGGCUGGAUGGUCGAGUCCCUCAAAGCCGUCAAGUACAUAGAUUCCAACCACUUCUCCGUUCCGGAAGGAAAGCGAGCCGUUGAACUUGUCGCCGGAAAAGAAAGUGCUAUUGCUCAGGUAGCCCGGACCAUCCCGGGAAAAACCUACAUCCUCUCUUUCGCUGUCGGGGAUGCCAGCAACUCCUGCGAGGGCUCCAUGAUCGUCGAGGCAUUCGCCGGUAGGGACACCGUCAAAGUGCCGUACGAGUCCAAGGGCAAAGGCGGAUUCAAGCGCGCCGUGCUCAAGUUCGUGGCGGUUUCUCCGCGAACACGUGUCAUGUUCCUCAGCACUUUUUACACCAUGAGAAGUGACGACUUUUCUUCUCUCUGUGGACCGGUUCUCGAUGACGUGAAGUUGUUGAGCGUUCGUAAUCCACGUCGACUCAUGUGAGGGCUAUGAGUUAUUAUAUAUAUUAUAUAUAUAUACAUGCAAGGUGGGUCCGGCUCGGAUAUAUUGGAUAUUUGGUCAUGCUAUAUAUAUAUAUAUAUAUAUAUAUAUAUGAGUAAUUUUGUUUCUAAGGAAGCAAUAUUGGGUUUUUAGUGUGAGUUUUUAGAGCAUAAAUUUGAAAAAUAAUGUGAGGAUGGUUUAUAGUGGUAUGAGUAUAUUGAGUGCCAUGUACUCUAGCAAAAUAAAUUAGUAAAACGGUACUAUAUAUACUUGAAGGAAAUAGAAGUUCCACUUCACUUAAAAUUCAA